AUGGCGCUGAAGAGAAACAAGAGGGGAGGCAGGCCGUCGCCGUACCCGCGGUUCCUCUUCCACGGCCUGCGCUCGGCGCAGUUGUUGAGUUCAAUUGUUGUCAGCGGCAUUAUGUGUUAUUUCAUGUACUAUCUACGACUUGAGCAUUUCCCGAUCCCAUGGACGUUUAUAAUUCUCUUGACUAUCUCUAUUGCUACGAUUGCCAGUUUGACUGUCACGAUUGUUCUAUAUAAUUUCACAUAUCUCUCCCCCAGAUUUAACCUCGUCCUCAACGGCUCGAUAUCCUUCUUUUGGGCCCUCGGUCUAGCGCUCCUCAGCUGGUCGGUGAGCACAAGCCAUGUGCUAGAGAAGGCCUGUACGGGUGACGUUUGGGGAGGCAGCGCUGAGGCGGGUGUGUGUCGAGAUUAUAAGGCGCUGUGGGGGAUGACAUUAGUCGGAACUGUCUCCACAUUCUCCGCUCUUCUCCUCGACAUCCACACUCAGCGCAAGACCAACCAGCGGGGUGCCUACAUCCUCCCCGAAGACGACAAGGACGCCCAGCGCCUGAACGAGUUGAAGAGCUCCCGCGUGCGAGAUGCCGGCUAUGACGUGCCCAGCGACCAGAGCGCCGUCCAGCCCUCGAUCUUCGACUCGGAUAUCGGGUAUCACAACCGCUACGGGGAGCCGGACGAUGAUCUGCAGGCGUUGCCGCAUGGUCCGCUAGAGGACAAUCGGCCAUCGAGAGAUAUGGGGUACCAUCAUCAGUUCUUCCGCGAUUAA